AUGUGUGUAUUAACUAAUAUUAUAUACCAUUCGCUGACAGCGGACGAGCCGCCAGUGUUGCCAAUCGGUACGGAUGUGUCGGCCAAAUACAAGGGCGCCUUCUGCGAGGCCAAAAUCAAACGCCUGACCCGCGCCGUGAAGUGCAAACUGACGCUCAAACACAACAACAAUACCGUCACUCUCGAUGACGACGCCAUUGUCACCGGACAGCUGCGUACGGGCGCGCACGUGACCGUACGGUACGGAUCCAGUGGUGCCGCCGCCGGUGGUGGUGGCGCUGACGCCACCUGCGAGGCCACGAUCGCCAAAAUACUGGAUCAGUCGCUGUAUACAGUGGUGUUCGACGACGGCGAUGAGGCCACGCUCAAGAGGAAUAGCCUGUGUCUGAAGAGUGGCAAACACUUUGCCGAGAGCGAGACGUUGGAUCAGUUGCCGCUCACAAAUCCCGAGCAUUUUGGUAAUCCUGUGUCGUUGGGGCGUCGACGGCGGCGCCGACACCACAACAACUCGGACUCGGAUGACGACGAGGCGGACGACCGGUCCGUAACCGAUAGCCACCGGUCAUCGAAACGAGGCGGCGGUGGUAGUGGUGGCGGACCACCUGUGCUGACGCCCAGCGAACGGGACACCGACUGGGGUCGAGUGGUAUGCGUGGACUACUCGGACAAACGGGGCUCCAAGAAGGACGUGUGGUUCCCGGCGUUGAUAGUGGCGCCCACCGCACAACAGCCCACCGCCAAAGUGGCCAGAGAUGAGCAUUUGGUCCGCAGUUUUCGCGACGGCAGGUUCUAUAAGGUGCCCAAACGCGAGACCAGAGAGUUCGCCCGAGAGCUGGUCCUCUCCAAGAGUGAGGCCAACUCUGUGGCUCUCAGGAGCGCUGUGGAGAAAGCGGUGACGUUUGUGGACAAACAGGAUUUGCCCAAUGGCUGGGAUUAUGAUCUACUGCUUGGCAAUACUGUGCCGCAGUGUACCGAAUGGUUACCCUAUUUGUUAUGCGCUAAAUGGAUGGGUAAAAAGAAGGAUUCCGUCUCUUCUUUGGGCAAACAUUUGCUUAAAGAGAGGAAAAAGGAUUUAUCGAAACAUUUGUAUAAAACAAAUAGACAUGUCUUGGAUUUGGAAGAAGCGAAGAACGCGACGAGUAUUACAGAGACGACAACUCUUGAAGAGUUCUUAUCGACCGCUGAAAUGGCAAACAUUGAGUUCACCGCAGAACGACAAGACAUCCAAAUCGUUGAUCCAAACCUUAAAAGUGUUGUCAAGAAAGUGAGUGACAAUAAAGAGGCUCUACUCAUACCGAGACGUCCGCAAUGGGAUGAGUCGACGACAGCCGAAGAACUGAAUCAAUUGGAAUACGAUUUAUUUUCUGACCCAAACUCAACGCCAAGAGUGGGCCAAACAUUUCGAUUCGAUGGCAAUCAAAGCGCUCUUCUUCUCAGCCAAACAAGAUCGACGAAGAUGUGGACUCUUCGGAACCGAUAA